CGUAGUUGAUCGACAAACAGAAGCCGGAAGUCGGCACACGUAGAAACAUGACGUAGCUCGUCUCGUAGAUCGUAGAUCGUAGACCAUUUUAUAUCUCAGUUUUUGCAGCUUGGAGUCGUUUUCUUGGUGCUUUUUCGCGAAUUUCAAGUUUUCUGUCGUUUUUAAUAAGCGUUUCUCGCUAUUAGUUUCAUUUAUAAACUCGGGGUGUUGUUUUAUUUAAGUGGAGAUUAUGUCGAAUAGAAGAUUUGGCAAUGGCCACAGGGGCAACAAUCGUAGUUUUUCUCAACCUUUCCAAAGCGGCGUUAGUCCCUGGCAAGGGGGCAAUAUGAAUCAAGGCGGACUUAUGUCCCAAUUAUCCAAUCCGCAACUUGCUCUAGCUUUAAGUAGCUUACUUCAGCAACAACAGCCACAGCAGCCGCCGUCCUUACUUUCUUUGAAUACAUCUCCGGCUUUUUCUAAUAACCGAGAUUUCGGUCGCUUUGGUAACCGAAGCCGUGAUAUUAGACGUCAUGAGCCUUACAACAAGAACCGUGGGGGCUGGAGAUCAGAUAAAAGUCGCAAACGGUCACCAAAAAGAGAUGAGAAAAAGAACUUUGGUAAGAAGAAAGAAGACAAGAAGGAUUCCAAACCUAAAAAUGAUGAUUCAGCAGUGGUUGACUCAUCUGCAGAAGAUGGAGUGGAAGAUGAGAAAAAGGAAACUAAAAGAGAUUGGAAAGAUGAGAAAAAUACUGACGGCAAAGAUGAAAGUGGGGAUGAAGCACCAAAAGCUGAUGAUAAGGAGGGUCAGUUUGUUGGAAUUCCUCCCAAGUAUCUUAAUUGCUUUGUUUGUAACAAACAAAUGUGGGAUGGUGAAUCGAUGACAAAACAUGUGAGAGGUCGGGCUCAUCAUGAAAUGAUCAAGGCUUUUGAAGAAAGCAUUCAUCUUUGUGUUGAUAUUCUAAGAGAGAAUAUGCGUUUGGGAGAAGAACGCAAGAUGAUUGAAUUGAAUAGACAAAAUCGUUUGAAGAACUUUAAAGAUAGAAAUGCAUUUGUAGAGCCAAAUAGUCACUGUAAUAUGUGUGAUUUGAAGUUUUUGGGAAAAAUUAUGGUUCAUAGAAGGUCAGCUGGUCAUCAGCGUUUAAAAAGAUAUUUGCAUCCUAAUUGUAGAAUUUGUGGAAAAGAAUUUCCUUCAAGAUUGGAAUGGAUUGAACAUCGCUUAACACCUGAACAUUUAAAGAAACUGCAUGAAGAAAGAGAGAAAGCUCGUGGCGGAAAAGAUGGUGAUGAAGUCACUGAAGCUGCUGACGAAACUGAAACUGCUGAAGAAACUGAAGCAGACCAAGAUAUUAAUUUGGAACCUUUGCUUGAUGAGCCUCUGCAGAUGGAAAAUGAAAAUCCAAUUUUUGAACUUGAUGAAGUUCUUGAUGGGCUACAAAAUCGUAUUCCUGCUUAUAAGCCAGAUAGAGCAGUGUCUUCAAAAAGUCUUAAGCCAUUCAGUGGGUUUGUGUGUGACCUUUGUCACAGAAGUUUUGUUGAAGAACAAGAUGCUCAAGAUCAUUUAAAAACUAGACGGCAUUACUAUACAUUUGUUGGGGCUCUUAAGACUCAGUUUGAUAGGAGGGAGAGGAAGCGCAAGGCGUCUGAAGAGAGAGAAAAGAAAAAACGUGAAGAAGAAGCUAAGAAGGAAGCAUCAGAACAAAAUGGAGAAAAUGAAGGAGCGGAAGAGGUUGAAGGUAAUGAGGAUCAGGAGAUGUAUGAUCCCGAGGAGCACACGGAAGAUGCAGAAGAAGGUGUUAAGGUUGAGGAUGAGAAUGGGGAUGGUGACGGGGAUGAUGUAGUUGAAGUUAAAGAAGAUGCAGAAGAUGCUGAAGAGACUGAAGUUAAAGAACCGGAACCAGAACCAGAGCCUGUACCUGAACCAAAACAGGUUAAAGAGGUUAAAGCUGAGCCUCCGUCGACUCCCAGCAAAGCUACUCCAAGGAAGGCUGCUGUUAGAAAUGGCGCUGGUCCAAAAAGCAAGAGACUACGCAAAUAAAACUGGUCACACAGUUUAGAAACACUCUUAUCAGUUUUGCAUCUGGUAGUUUUCUGAAAGGGUGUUAACAUAAUAUAUUAUCUAUACUUUUUGACUUAUAAUUUUUAAUAUUUUUGUAUUUCCAAGCAAUUACUGUUUAGUAUGCUUUUUAUUUAGAUAGAUGUCUAUGUAUUUUGAAUUAACUAUGGUAGGAUGUCUCUUCAAUGUAUCACUAUAAUGUAUUUCCUAUUUUAUGUACCGAUCGGUGUAUUUACUUUUAGUAGUUUGAUAAAUAAACAAUCCUUAGGUAAUAUAUGAAAAGACUCACUUAUAUUAACUGAAUUGUUUCCACUUAUGGAAUAAAUGCUAUCUGGUGA